AUGAGGUACGACGGAACUCAAGACCCUCUAGAACACCUCACGGCCUUUGAGGCCAGGAUGAAUCUGGAGGGAGUGGGGGACGAAGUAAGAUGCCGCGCCUUCCCGGUGACCCUAGCAGGGCCAGCGAUCAGAUGGUUUAACGGCCUCCCACAAGGUUCCAUAUACAGCUUCUCAGACAUCAGCCGUGCAUUCCUGGCCCAGUUUACAACGCGGAUCGCGAAGGCCAAGCACCCUAUCAACCUUCUAGGGGUAACCCAGAGACAAGGGGAACCGACGAGGAGGUACUUGGAUCGGUUCAACGACGAAUGCUUGGAAAUCGACGGCUUAACCGACUCGGUGGCCAGUCUUUGCCUAACGAACGGCCUCCUCAACGAGAACUUCCGAAAACAUCUCACCACGAAACCGGUUUGGACGAUGCAUGAGAUCCAGACGGUAGCCAAGGAGUAUAUAAACGACGAGGAAGUCAGCCGAGUCGUGCGAGGAGGUACUUGGAUCGGUUCACGACGAAUGCUUGGAAAUCGACGGCUUAACCGACUCGGUGGCCAGUCUUUGCCUAACGAACGGCCUCCUCAACGAGAACUUCCGAAAACAUCUCACCACGAAACCGGUUUGGACGAUGCUGAGAUCCAGACGGUAGCCAAGGAGUAUAUAAACGACGAGGAAGUCAGCCGAUCGUGGCUGCCAAUAAGCGGCAGUCCGGUUACAGCCAAGCCGGCAACCAGGCGACGGAGAGAGAGCAAAGGAAAAGAAGAGGAGGAGGCAUCAAACAGGGCACCUCGACCGUUCCCCCGGGACUGUUUUGACCUGAAGGAUGCACUAGAACAAGCGAUAAGGGAAGGAAAGCUAGCCGCGUUCUCCCACCUCAUCAGGGAGCCGAGAAGACGCUAUCGCGAUCAAGACGAGGAAGGCAAAGCCCGUUCGGCCAAACGGCGACAAGAACCCGAAGACAGAGACCACGGCCUCACUGUGAUAAACGUGGUAACGGCCAAAAACGCCGCGCCAAGAUCCCGGUCGGCACAGAGGAAAGACGUUAAGGUUUUGACGGUCUCAUCCCCGCCGGCGCAAAGCUCUAAGAAGCCUCCCUCCAUUUCUUUCGGCCCGGGAGACCAAUGGUUCAACGACGCCCCGGAAAACCCCCCCAUGGUCAUUACGGCCAGAGUGGGAACCGGCCUCGUCAAACGGAUCCUCGUCGACACAGGAGCUGAUUCAAAUAUCAUGUUCCGCAAUGUUUUCGACGCACUAGGGCUAAAGAUGCCGACCUGGACUCACCAGCACGGGUUAUCGGGUUGGGCGACCACUUCAUCAAACCGGACGGAGUAA